CCCCUUGCGGAAACCAUGGAGCAACUGACAACUCUUCCACAGCUUGGAGACCGUGGAGCCAUGGAGCCAUGGGCACUGCCUGCCUGGCAAUGCUGGACUCAGGGCCGGGGGUGCGAACCCGAAGAUGCAUCUCCAAGCAUUGCUGAUACUCCGACAGCUCUGCAGGUUAGAGGACUGAGGUCUGAAGAGAGUUCCAAGCCUGAGGGAGCCCAUAGGCCUGCUGGGAAUACUGACCCUGAAGGAACAGACACUGGGCUGCCCAAGCUGGGACAGCAAGCCGAGAGCCAUGGGUACAGCUGCCUCCAGCCAGAAGAUGAGGAUGCACAGGCCUGUAAGGCCAAGUCGAACGUGGGCUUCGGGGUCAGGUCCAAUCUGGAGCUGCUGAGGGCCCUAGGGGAGCUGCAGCAGCGCUGUACCAUCCUUAAGGAGGAAAACCAGAUGCUGAGAAAAAGCAGCUUCCCAGAGACGGAGGAGAAGGUGCGGAGGCUAAAGCGGAAGAACGCCGAGCUGGCGGUCAUUGCCAAGCGCCUGGAGGAGAGGGCCCAGAAGCUGCAGGAAACGAACAUGAGGGUGGUGAGUGCCCCUGUGCCCCGACCUGGAUCCAGUUUGGAGUUGUGUCGUAAGGCCCUAGCCCGCCAGCGAGCCCGGGACCUCAGUGAGACAGCCAGUGCACUGCUGGCCAAGGACAAGCAGAUUGCUGCCUUGCAGCGGGAGUGCAGGGAGCUGCAAGCCAGACUCACUCUGGUGGGCAAGGAAGGUCCCCAGUGGCUGCAUGUGAGGGACUUCGACCGAUUGCUGCGCGAGUCCCAACGGGAGGUGCUGCGGCUGCAGAGGCAGAUCGCCCUGCGCAACCAGCGGGAGCCGCUCCGGCCAGCCCGGCCCCCAGGUCCCACUGCCCUUUCCAGAGUAGGGGCGCCGGCCCCCGGGGCCCCGGGAGAGGCCAUACUCCAGGAUGAUGUGGACAGCCCACAGGUGGCCCUAGGGGAACCAGAGAAACAGCAGAGGGUACAGCAGCUGGAGUCUGAGCUGUGCAAGAAGCGAAAGAAAUGCGAGAGCCUGGAGCAGGAAGCCCGGAAAAAACAGAGGCGAUGUGAGGAACUGGAACUACAGCUAAGAGCAGCCCAGAAUGAGAAUGCUCGCCUGGUGGAAGAGAACUCCCGGCUCAGUGGGAGAGCCACAGAGAAGGAGCAGGUGGAGUGGGAGAAUGCGGAGCUGAAGGGACAGCUCCUGGGAGUGAAGCAGGAGAGGGACUCAGCCCUUCGAAGAAGCCAGGGCCUGCAAAGCAAGCUGGAGAGCCUGGAGCAGGUGCUGAAGCGUAUGCGGGAGGUGGCCCAGAGGCGGCAGCAGCUGGAGGUGGAGCAUGAGCAGGCCAGGCUCAGCCUGCAGGAGAAGCAGGAGGAGGUCCGGAGGCUGCAGCAGGCACAGGCAGAAGCCAAGAGGGAACAUGAAGGAGCGGUGCAGUUGCUGGAGUCUACAUUGGAUUCCAUGCAGGCCCGGGUUCGAGAGCUUGAGGGCCAGUGCCGCAGCCAAACCGAGCGCUUCAGCCUUCUGGCACAGGAGCUCCAGGCCUUUCGACUGCACCCAGGUCCCCUGGAUCUGCUUACUUCUGCCCUGGGCUGUAGUGUCCUUGGGGACCACCCGCCCCCCCACUGCUGCUGCUCUACCCCUCAGCCCUGCCACGGGUCUGGCCCCAAAGACCUUGACCUCCCGCCGGGCUCCCCAGGACGCUGUACCCCCAAAUCUUCAGAGCCUGCUCUUGCUACCCUUGCUGGGGUCCCUCGAAGGACGGCUAAGAAAGUGGAAUCUCUUUCCAACUCUUCUCGCUCGGAGUCGGUCCAUAACAGCCCCAAGUCAUGUCCCACACCAGAGGUGGACACGGCCAGUGAGGUGGAGGAGCUGGAGGUAGACAGUGUCUCCCUGCUUCCAGCAGCUCCAGAGGGCAACUCGGGAGGAGCCAGGAUCCAGGUCUUCCUAGCACGCUAUAGCUACAACCCCCUUGAAGGUCCCAAUGAGAAUCCGGAAGCUGAGCUCCCCCUGACAGCCGGCGAGUAUAUCUACAUUUAUGGUGACAUGGAUGAGGAUGGCUUUUUUGAAGGGGAGCUCAUGGAUGGCCGCAGGGGCCUGGUCCCCUCCAAUUUUGUAGAGCGCGUGUCUGAUGACGACCUCCUGACCUCCCUCCCUCGGGAGCUGGCUGAUCUAUCGCACAGCUCUGGUCCUGAACUCAGUUUCCUGAGUGGAGGUGGGGGUGGCUGCAGUAGUGGGGGUCAGAGCAGCGGGGGACGUAGCCAGCCCAGACCAGAGGAGGAGGCUGCAGGAGAUGAACUCAGUCUGAGCCCCCCACCAGAGGGACUGGGAGAGCCUCUGGCUGUGCCUUACCCCCGACGUCUCGUGGUCCUCAAGCAGUUAGCCCACAGUGUGGUGUUGGCCUGGGAGUUGCCUCCUGAGAAAGUAGAUGUACGUGGCUUCCACAUCUUUGUCAACGGGGAACUUCGUCAGGCCUUGGGGCCCGGGGUGCCCCCCAAGGCUGUGCUAGAAAACAUGGACCUUCAGGCUGGGCCCCUCCAUGUGUCUGUCCAGGCCCUAACCAGCAGGGGCAGCUCAGAUCCUCUGCGCUGUUGCCUUGCUGUGGGGGCCAGGGCUGGGGUGGUACCCAGCCAGCUACGGAUCCAUCGGUUGACAGCCACAUCUGCUGAGAUCACCUGGGUACCGGGGAACAGCAACUUGGCCCAUGCCAUCUACCUCAAUGGAGAAGAGUGUCCACCGGCUCGCCCCAGCACCUACUGGGCAACCUUUUGUCACCUGAGGCCUGGCACGCUCUAUCAGGCCCGAGUGGAGGCUCAGAUCCCAUCUCAGGGGCCUUGGGAACCAGGCUGGGAGAGACCAGAGCAGCGAGCUGCCACCUUGCAGUUCACCACACUUCCAGCAGGUCUACCUGAUGCCCCGCUGGAUGUACAGGUUGAACCAGGGCCCUCUCCUGGAAUCUUGAUGAUCAGUUGGCUCCCUGUCACCAUUGAUGCUGCUGGUACCUCCAAUGGUGUCCGGGUCACAGGCUAUACCAUCUACGCUGAUGGGCAGAAGAUUAUGGAGGUGGCUUCCCCCACAGCAGGCAGUGUGCUGGUGGAGGUGUCCCAGCUACAGCUGCUGCAGGCCUGCCAUGAGGUGACGGUGCGCACUAUGUCACCCCAUGGCGAGUCCACUGACUCCAUUCCGGCCCCUGUUGCCCCGGCCCUGGAUCCUGCCUGCCAGUCAGCCAGGAUGUCCUGUCUCUCACCACGACCAAGCCCAGAGGUCAGAGCACCCCUUGCUUCAGUCUCCCCAGGACUUGGGGAUCCCAGUUUUCCCCUCCGGCAUCCUGCCCCCGAUGGAACUCAAGAUUCCCCCGCAAGCCUUCCCAUGGAGAUGUCCAAAGGAUCCCAGGAGGAGCCUCCAGUCCCUUGCUCUCAGGAAGAGUCUGGUGCAGCUGUGCUGGGCACCUCAGAGGAGAAGAGGGCUAUUGAGCCGGCCCUGGGCUGGGAAGGCCCUAGCCCUGUGGCUCCCUCCCUGGCUAAGCAGGAAGUAGAGUGGACUUCAGGAGAGGUUGGCCCUACACCUAGCUCCACCCAAGGAGAGCCAGCUCAGAAGGCACCGAGUACUGAGGCCUGCCAUGGAGGAGAUCUGGGCUCGGGACUGAAACUCAGAGCUGAGAAAGAAGAUGUGUCAGAGCUUGGAGUUCGCCUGGUGAAUUCCCUUGUAGAUCACGGCCGCAACUCAGACCUAUCAGACAUCCAGGAGGAGGAGGAAGAGGAGGAGGAGGAAGACGAGGAAGAGGACCUGGGUUCCAGGCCUUGUUCUCCCCAGAAGCAGGUUGCUAGCAACAGCAUCAGGGAGAAUGGAGCCAAGCCCCAGCCUGACCCCCUUUGUGAGACUGACAGCGACGAGGAGAUCUUGGAGCAGAUCUUGGAGCUGCCUGUCCAGCAGCUCUGCAGCAAGAAGCUAUUCAGCAUCCCUGAGGAGGAAGAAGAGGAGGAGGAGGAGGAGGAGGAGGAGGAGGAGGAGGCUGCCAGCUCUUGCCAAGACCCUAGCCAGUCUGAACUUGCGUUGCAAGGGCUGGACUGUGACAGCAGUCAGUCCCAGGGACCCGGCCUGUGCCCUUUGUCUCCUGAGCCCUCCAGGGCCAGGGAGCACCUGGAGGAUGUGCUGGGCAUAGCUGGUGGAAAUAGUCGGAGGAGAGGAGGUGGCUCCCCUGAGAAGCUCCCAAACCGCAAGCGACCUCAGGAUCCCCGAGAACAUUGCAGCCGGCUUCUUGGCAAUGGCGGGCCCCAGACCACUGCACGGCCAGGCCCCCUACGGGAGAGGGGCAGCCUCCCUGUGAUCGAGGGCAUCAGGGUUGGACAGGAGGCUGGUGGGAGAGGGCGGCCGGGUCUUUCUCGGAGGUGUCCCCGUGGCCCUGCUCCAGAAUCCAGCUUGGUCAGUUGCCUCUCUCCAAAGUGUUUGGAGAUCAGCAUCGAGUAUGAUUCUGAGGAUGAGCUGGAGGCGGGCAGCGGGGGUAUCGGCAUCACCAGCUCCUGCUACCCCACAGAUGGGGAGCCCUGGGGCACAGCAGCUGUAGGAAGGUCCAGGGGACCUCUGAAGGUCAAUUCAGGGCCCAACCCCUACCUGCGCCUCCCAGCCUGGGAGAAAGGGGAACCAGAGCGGAGAGGCCGCAGUGCGACUGGCAGAACCAAGGAGCCACCCUCCCGGGCAGUAGAAACUGGGGAGUCUAGGGGACCGGACAACUUUGGGCGUAGAGGACCCCAGAGGAGAGGGGCCCGGGUGCCUAGGCCUGCUACCACCGAGCUGGCCCCAACAAGGAGCCCUCUAGAAGCACCAGCUCACCAGAACCUACCUGUGAGGGUCUUUGUGGCUCUAUUUGACUAUGACCCUGUCUCAAUGUCACCCAACCCUGAUGCUGGAGAAGAGGAACUGCCCUUCCGGGAGGGCCAGAUCCUCAAGGUGUUCGGAGACAAAGACUCAGAUGGUUUCUACCGGGGUGAAAGUGGAGGCCGCACAGGCUACAUCCCCUGCAACAUGGUGGCUGAGGUGGCCGUGGACAGUCCAGCAGGGAGACAACAGCUGCUCCAGCGGGGUUUCUUGCCCCCAGAUGUUCUCACUGAGGUCUUGGGGGAUGGUCUCUCUGUGUAUCCCUCAGCCCAUAUGACUGGGCCUCCCCCCAAGCCUCGCCGGUCUAAGAAAGCAGAGCUGGAAGGCCCACAGCCCUGCCCAGGUCCCCCUAAGCUGAUCCAUUCUGCCCUCCUGAAAACUUCCCGACCUAUGGUGGCUGCAUUUGACUACAACCCCCGGGAGAACUCCCCCAAUAUGGAUGUGGAGGCAGAGCUGCCCUUCAGGGCAGGAGAUGUCAUUACUGUGUUUGGAAAUAUGGAUGAUGAUGGUUUCUACUAUGGGGAACUGAAUGGACAAAGGGGUCUGGUUCCAUCCAACUUCCUGGAGGGCCCUGGGCCUGAGGCAGGUGGCCUAGAGUCUGGGACAUCCCAAGCUGAGAGUCAGAGAACGAGGAGGAGAAGAGUCCAGUGCUAGAUGGACAUAGAUAUUUGUAGAGAGAGCAACAUGACCCUGGAAGUGCCAUCCAAGGUCCUCCAGUGCCCCCUGACUGGCACUAUGACCUCAGCUCUGGAAGUUUCUCCAGGACAAAACAGGGGAAGCCACAGGGCAUAGCUGAGAAGAAGCAAGGUCUCCUCUCUAAAGGAAA